AUGACCGCCGCCGCGCCUUCGACCUGUCCGUCGACCGCCUCGCCGUCGUUUGGGAGCAGACUACGCCGUCUGAGCCAGCGACGGCCGCAUACGCACUCCAGCAGCGCCGCCAACGGCUCCUCAGCGACCAGCAACCACCGUUCGUAUCGCAAGCGGCUCAGCUGGGUCGUUGGCCGGGGAUCUUCUCACGCUCCCGCCGCCCCGGAGGAGGGAGAGGAAGAGGAGGACGAGCGAGAAGGACGAGAGCGGUCACUCCAGCAACACCAGGAAAACUCCGACCUGCUGCACGCAGAGCUCGCCCGCAGCCCCUCCGCAGAACUCGAGUCUUCGUCGCAGAGAUACAGCGUCUUCAGCCGUUCCGACGCCGAGAGCAGCGAGUCAGACCGAUCAGAGCAGUCGGCGGAGUCCGUACAGUCUCGCAGAAGCGACCGUCUCCCAGCACCCUCUACGCAGGAUAGCAACAGCAAUAACCACAACAGCAACAAUACCAUGGCUUCCGUCGUUGUUGUCGGCGCUGCCGCCUCGAGCCAGCAGCACCAGCAGCACCAGCAGGCGACACCUCCUGUCUCUUCCUCAGAUGCCGGCAGAGGGGCCAGUCAGUCUCCUGCUGCCGGCACCAACACCGCCGCCGCCGCCGCCACCAACACCACCACCACCCAAAGUCCUCCUACGUCCAGAGCCAACGACUCUUCCACAGGAGCAGGAGAACCGACAGACACAUCUACGUCCGAAACCAGCUCGUCCGGCCAGCAGCAGCACCAGCAGCAGUCCAUCAUCCGCUUCUUCGCCUACCAAGACCCCCACCAGAACUCCCGGCCGUCCCUCCCCUUCGCCCCCAUGACACGAACCAUCACGGACGAGUCCUCCAUCAUAAAAGUAGGCCGCUACUCCGAACGUGAAGGGAUUCCGCCCGAAGGCACCGCGGGCUCCUCCUGCGCUCCUGUCGGCUUCAAGUCCAAGGUCGUCAGCCGGAAGCACUGCGAGUUCUCCUUCAUCGGCGGGCAGUGGCAUAUCAAGGAUGUCGGAAGCUCCUCGGGCACUUUUCUCAACCACAUGCGUCUCAGCCAGCCCAAUGUGCAGUCGAGACAGUAUGCAGUGCGAGACGGCGAUAUCGUCCAGCUUGGCAUCGACUUUAGAGGUGGUGAAGAGCUCAUCUUCAGGUGCGUGCGCAUUCGCAUCGAGUGCAACAGGAUGUGGCAGCAGAGGGCCAACGAGUUCAAUAAAAACACCGAGGCUCUUAUAAGCAACCUUGGAAAGGGCACAAUGGCCGCCACGGACUACGAGGGCUGCAGGGAAUGUUCCAUCUGUCUCGGCUCUGUCCUGCGGCCGUAUCAAUGUCUCUUCAUGGCUGCCUGCGCUCACGUCUGGCACUACAAAUGCGUCCGUCGUCUCAUCCACUCCCCCGAGUAUCCCAUGUUCCAGUGUCCGAACUGUCGAGCAUACACGGACCUAAACGCCGAAGUCGACGACUCAAACGACUCGUACGAAGAUAAAACCAAGCCAGCGUCUAAUAAUAACACAUCCCGUCUUCCACCGCAACAGCCACUUGAUAACAAUACCAACACCACUCCCAGAACACAUAGCAGCAACAACGACAACAACAACAGCAGCCAAAAUCCAUCCCAGCCAAUCGUUUAUACAACCACAGAAACAGAUGGAACCCUGGCAGCCGCGACAGGGAACAUGACGCUAGAAUCUGACCCUGAGCCAGAACCCGAACCCGAACCCGAGUCCUCGGAGAAUACAGAUGGAGAAGUGUUCCAUCCCGCCAUGGAGGAGCCGUCUGGGUCCCCUGCAGCUGACAUCCAACGCAGCCAGAGCAUCGACAUACUCUCUCCGAACUCGGCCAACGGAGCAGGCAGGAGGAGGGUACCCGAUAGAGCCAAUAGAGACACCAUAUACGUCGAAGAUCCCCUGACACCAAGAAACGAUACCGGACUACUUGCUCUCGACGGCCGUGCUGGGCGACUCUGA